AUGUACCGGCACACCGUCUACUCUGCUUCAGUAUCUUGCGCGGACUUGGAGUUAGGUCCGCCGGUGAUAGAAUCUACAAGCGUCGUAAGCUCCAUCAUGUGUCCACUACCCAUUACUACAGCCGCCGCCUUACCACAGGAUUCCCUUCCUACGAACAACCCGGUCAAUCAGACUACACAGUCCGCGCGGACCGCAGUUCUAGAUUCCGAAGGAGAAUCCGACCUGAAUCCGAGGAAGACUAGCGAAAAGAAUCAGAAGGAGGGCCCUACAUCUCAACAAGAGGCAGCAGACGAGUCUGCACCUGAAGAGAAGCAAGCAGACGAGUCGACAUCUGAAGAAGACCAAGCAGACGAGGGUAAGUACUGCAUUCUGCCCGAUAUGCUCAACCGCGGAAUCCGGAAGGAGCUCGUCCAGCACCUUAAUCAGUCGAAGUCAGCUUAUCGUACAGUGUUCAUCGCACGCGAUAGCAGCCCACGUGGCAAAAAGUGGCAACAGCUUGCCUUCGACAAUAUUAGAAAACAUCUCGAGUUUCUAGGUCAAGAGUACAUCGACAUGCCCAUCCUCAUACUCUCGACAGAAGAAAUGCUAAGUGCGUCGUUUCCAUUCUUUCCAGGACAGGCAUUCUACCACGACAUAUUAUACGCCCGAUCUGCUACCAAUGACCCUUCUCGGACUAGAAUGCCAUACCUAUCAUACACCAACAAACGGCAGAAAUCUGUAGAGAUUGCAAAUGUCAACUCCGUCCUAGUGACUAGUCUUGUUGUAGACUUCCUCCACGAGGUCAAGGCCGCCAACCGUUCCGUUUUUGCGGUAAACGAUUCAAUUACAGCGCAGCCGAGCAACCUCGCUUCCUUCUGUGCCGCCUUCAACUUCACUCUACUACAAAUUAGUAUCACGGCCUCUCAGCUAGAGCAGACGUUCGCAGAGAAGCUUGAAGGGGCUCGACGCGAUAGCAGCUGCCUUGGCGAGCGACAUAAACGCGUCUGGUUUCGAUUCAAUUCGGAAACUCUCGCCCACCAAUUCUAUGGUAUAAGAGAAAGUUCCGCAAUUGACUUGAUCUUGGCAUGGUGCCGUAAGACGCAAGAUGGAAAGGAUAUCACAUCUGCGCAGGCAAGGAUCGGAUUGGGACGGGCUCGUGCUAAGAAACCGUUUAAUGAUGCAGGGGGGGAUUUCAGAGAAGUCCAGCGACAGGAUGGCUCGGACGAUCGUGUUCCUUAUUCUUUAUGCCUAAUUUUGCUCAUUGGUAUUUUCAUAUCUCGAUCUGCUCUUGUGGUUCGAUUCUUCUCCCUCUUCUUCUUCUUCCCCUUCUUCCACCGCUGUACGACUGCAUUUUGUUUGAAGCGAAAUGAUUUUGUCCUUUACUUCACGCUCUUACUCAGACGUGACCUCCUCGCCUCCACCAUUCGUUACUACAAGACUAACCAUGUAGGUUGUCUUGCCGUCUAUCAUAGUAAGCGGCAUACUCAUCGGCGGCGCUGCCCUACUGCUCCUAGAGACCGAGUGCGCUAUACAUACGAUAACGACCGUGUUCGACCACCCGCCAUAAAUUAUCUCACAGCACUUCCGGAGUCACAGACUCCACGCCGCUACUCUCCCUCUCCUCCGCCUGGCUAUAUGAGCGACAGCGCCCCGACUCAAUCCAGUUUCAUGCCUCUUCCAGAUGUCUACGCCCCUUUUAACGAUCAGAGUCUUGACAAUGCUAGCGUCUCUAAUACGAACAUAGCCGAUAAUGCUACUCCAGAACACCAACAGGAAUUCGAGUUUGUCGAGACGAGUCAAAUGACGGUGGCAGAUGCCGGAGAAGGCCUUGGUUUCGGCUUUGGUGACGACAAUACGGGUGGCGGACGAGAUAUAGCUAGCGAGGAAGCCAUAGGCGGUGUAGCAGAGUGCGGCGACAAAGACGAUAGUCUCGACGGUAGGCCAUUUGGCUCUAGUACCGCGGGAGCAUGGUUCAUCGGUUGA